AUGGAGAACACAAUGAAAUGGUGGGCCGAAUGCACGGAGAUGUGGAGGGAGAGGUGGUCUCGGGUCCGAGAUGAGCGGAAUCAAGCGAGAAUCGCGAUCGACAAACUAAUCAAGACUUUGCAUGAGGUUCAAGUGGGUUUUUCCUCAUAUUUUUGCUAAAUUUGUCAUCGAAAUUUGGGAAAAAAUAAUCUUAAAUUUUGUUUUAGGAGGACACUUUGAGGUAUUUCGAUGCAAAAGAAGAGGCCGACAAGGAGAUCAAACGGCUGAGGGAGGAAGUUCAGCAACUUCGAAGUGAACUGGCUCAUAAUUAA